AUGAUAACCCUCCGCCUCCAAAGAGAAAAGGUCCAUUUAGCCGCUGGUCGCGGGUUCCCUUCUUUGUUUGCACAGACGCAGACAAAUUUAUUCAAAAGUACAGCUUUUGAAGCAAGUGAUGACGAUUUUCAAGAUACGCCAUUAUUUAGAAAAGCUGAGUGUUAUAAUAGACAAGAAUACGCAUGUUAUUUGGCCCUUCAAAUGUUGUUAUCAAUGAAAAGACACACUCCUGCAGUCAGUUAUACUUUGAGCGUUGAAGCUGUAUUACCCGCUCCUAUUCCUUCCACUGGCUGUACAUCUGAUUCCAUCACGACUACAAAGAAAUAUUAA